UCUUUUAGAACAUAUCGUUUUAUACGUCCCUGAGUACCUAAGUACUAAUUCCAUGUUUUAAUGUUCUUAUAUCUGUGAUAAUUGUUAUAAACAUAUAGUAGUAUAUUUUUAUUUAUGUUCUUUGAACUCGUAUCGUUAAAAAUUCAGUUCAAAAUAAACCUUAAAGAACCACCAAAUGCGACGAUCAGCGCGCGGGGCCAUCUGUCAAACAUGUUUGUCAAUUCCAAAGCUCAAUGGUCAAUCAAUUCUGUCAUUCUCUGUGACUUGUUUUGCUGCACUUUUGCACGCAUUUUAUUUGUGAAUUUGUAUGUACCUUCCAAAGAGAAUACAUUACUGUUCUAUGACCUGCUUAAGUUUUUAGAAUAAUAUUGUGAAUUGUGAAGGAAACUAUCUUUAACAAGACACUCGGACGGUUUUAACUGCUAAAAUGCCUAUAAUGAUAGCAUGUCGCAUAUGUCUGGCGGUGAACGUGCGCUUGCUAAAGAUAAAUAGUUCCCUUCAGCUCGUGUUCGAAGACCUGACCAAGAAUGCACUGUACACUGAUGUUGGAAAACCGAUAUUGGCCUGCUAUAUCUGCUACGCUCAGCUUAAAAAAUGUUACAAGUUGCUUCUGAUCUCAAACAAGACUGAGCAUAUACUGAACUCUAUAUUGGAAGCAAAUUUGAAGAUUACUGACAAAUCAAUUGUUCUAAUUGAUCGUCAAACCAACAAGCUAGGUGGGUUUUUGAGUGUCUCCCAAACUGAAUGCUUUGAAACUGUUAGGGUCCCGGUAAAGAUAAAAAUUGAGGAUGCAGAUGUUAGCACUGAGGUGGAAAGUGAAAAAGCCGUUGAACACUCCGCAAGUCCACCGCAGCAUCACACAGAAACGGAGUUGGUGAUAAAAGAAGAAAAAAUGGAAGAUAUGCACCAGUCAGAAAACAUGGCCUCCCCACAAAAUACGGAAUGUGAUUCUGACAAUGGAGAUGUAGACACUAUAAGUCAGACUCAGUGCGGUGACGGAUCACAGCCAGAAGAAGUAAAUGUUUUGAUUGAAGACCCUGUGCCAACUCAACAAUCAAAAACUGAAGAGCCGAAGCGUUCAGAGGAGACUUCAUACAAACAGCCCGAGCUGCUAAAUACGAAGCUCAAUCCGGUUGGAGAAGGACCACAUGAGUGUCAAGUAUGCAAGCGAAGGUUCAAGCGAGCUGCCGGCAUGGUGAACCAUUACAAGAUCCACAUAGAUGAUAAACGUUACGAGUGUGACAUAUGUCAGUACCGAUUCAAUGCGAAACAACUUUUAAUCAGGCAUUUUCGAACUCACACUGGCGAGAAACCUUUCGAAUGCGACGUGUGUCAGCGACGGUUCGCUUUAAAAUCAACUUUAGCAUUACAUUUGGGAACUCACACGGGCGUCAAGCCCUUCCCGUGUCAACUUUGCGAUAAAGGCUUUAGCAAAAGGAACUGUUUAUUGAAACAUUUAAAAAAACACGCCGAUAAACCGUUCCGAUGUGUUAUAUGUCACGAACGGUUCUACAAUUUUAGUGAUUUGCAAUCUCACUUCAAAUCUCAUAUGGGCGAGAGAAAUUAUGAAUGUGAUUAUUGUCAUGGUCGGUUCACUAGUAAAGCGGGGGUGAGGGUACACAUAUACACUCACAUCAAUCGCAAAACUCAUAAGUGUGGCCUAUGUCAGAGUAAGUUCAGUACAAAACGCGCACUAAUUGAUCAUACCAGAAUACACACUGGUGAGAAACCUUACGAGUGUCAAGUGUGCAAACGUAGUUUUCACCGAAAACAAAAUUACAAAGAACAUUUACUAGUUCACAAUGGUGAGAAACGUUUCGAAUGUCAAGUGUGCAAACGUCGUUAUUCCCGAAAACAUGCUUAUCUAGUCCAUUUACGAUCUCACACCGGUGAGAAACCAUAUAAAUGUGACUAUUGUCAACAAGAGUAUUCCAAAAAGCUUUGUUUAAAGCAACACUUAAGAACUCACGCUGUAAGUCAACAACUUAGAAAUCCUUUUACAUGUCACGUGUGUUCACGCGUUUUUACCAGUAAACAUUCUUUAAAGAAACAUAUGGAAAGUCAUGUUGAUAACAAUCCCUAUAAGUGCGAUGUAUGUGAACGUUACUUCAACCGUAAAGCGCAUUUUUUGAGUCAUAUAAGAGUUCACACAGGCGAGAAACCUUUUGAAUGUGGUGUAUGUAAAAAUCGGUUUAGAGAGAAGAGCCAUUUAACGAGACACAUGGUAAUCCACACCGCUGAGAAACCGUUCCAAUGUUUUGUUUGUCCCAUUCGAUUUAAUGAGAAGAGCAAUUUAGAUAGACACUUAAGAACUCACACGAACGUGCGGCGUUAUACAUGCGAUGUAUGUAAAACUAAGUUUAACAAGCAUGAUAACUUGCUGAGACAUUUGAAAACCCACACCGGUGAGAAACCUUAUGAAUGUGACGUGUGCCAGCAUAGAUUUACUCAGAACGCUCAUUUGACACGGCACAAGAAAACGCAUAAAGUUGAGAAAAUUUUCUGUUUGCGUGCUAGAAUUAAAUUUAAAUUCCUAUUUUCUACUAAGACCAACAAUUUUAAAGUUCAAUCAAGCCACAAUACUAAAAUGGACUAUUGCACCGAAAGUUCAUUAAAAAUGUUGUGUUGUACGUGUUUGAGUACAGAUAGAAAAUUGUUUAAAUUGUGCCGAAUUGUGGAAGGCGUUAAUAACCUAUAUUCACUUUUAUCGUACGAUGCAGAAGCCUACAAGGAGGGCUUCUACCAGGACACGGCUAGUCUCCACAUCUGUUGGGAGUGUAAGGCGAUGUUGUCUAAAAUCAGCCGGUUUAGACGCCAAGCAUGCUCGGUGCAGAAACAGCUUACAGAUAUAGCCGAUGGUAGGACCAAUGUAUGUGACAUAAAGACAUGUCUCUCAAAACUUAAAACUAUAAUAAAAGAAGGUUAUGACAUCUCCAUAUCAGAUUGUAAUGAUGAAACAGACAAUUUCAUCGAUUGCGGUCCAGCCAGCGUGAGAACAGAUGAUGAAGACAAUGUUCCUCUGUCAGAGCUACAUCAUCGUGGUGAUGAUGAUCAGGUUCCAAGUGGGAACAGUGAGAAAACACCAACUGUUAAAGUAAGAAUGAGAAAGAGAAAGGUGAUCGGGCCUUUCAGAUUUAGCAGAUAUUUCACAUCGACAGAAAUGUCUUCGGAGGAAAUGCACAAAAGUAGAAAUGCAAGAACUGUAUUAAUUAAAGAUGUGCUGCACAAAUGUGAUUCUUGUGUCGAAGUGUUUAAGACUGAUAUUGCUUUACAGAAACAUAUAGAAGACUAUCACACCAUGAAGGACAACCAUUCUCAAUGUCCUGUUUGUCACUCCUUCUCACCUCAAGACAAGCUGAAUUCACAUAUGAAGUCACACUUUAUACAAUACACUUGUAAAAUGUGUGGCGAAUCAGUCGCAAGUGUGGAAUGUGCGACGGAGCAUAUGAGAGAACAUGAUGUUUUUAGAAAAAAGCCAGCGCGUAAACCAAUCUCAAAAUUGGAUAGAGUAGACAAAUCGACGCCCUGUGGCUUCAAAUGCACUGAAUGCGACAAAAGUUUUGACAACAAGUCGAAGCGCUGGAAGCACAUACAGACGCAGCACCGCGAGUGGUUCGCGUGCGAGCACUGCGGCAAGCGGUUCGCGUUCCGACACAACUUGCAGCGACAUCUCAGACUACAUGACGACCCGCCGCCUCGUGAGAAGUGCGAUGUGUGCCACAAACUGAUCCGCUGUGACCUGCUCAAGGUACAUGCCCGUAUCCACACAGCGCGCGAAACUUGCGUGUGUCGCGCGUGUGACAAAACAUUCAUCAGUCGAGCUUCGUAUGAACACCAUUUGAAGUAUACCAGGGCGCAUGCGCAAAUAGACAUCCUCAAACACAAGUGCCCUACAUGCGGUAAGGGCUACCGCUCGCGUCGAGAACUGAAGGACCACAUCGACUACCAACACCGCGGGCUGGCUGGGUACCACUGUGUUGAGUGUGGAAAGGCGUUGGCGACGCGACGCUGCGUGACGCGGCACGUGCGCCGCGCGCACCGCGGGCUCAAGGAGAACGCAAAGGACAAAGUCUGUCAGCGCUGUGGGAAAGCUUUCAGGGAUAAGAAAGGUCUCCGGGAGCACGAGCUGAUCCACACCGGCGAGCGGCCGCUGCCGUGCGCACAGUGCGGGCGCGCGUUCCGCCAGCGCGCGGCGCUCAGUGCGCACGUGCGCCGUCUGCACGCCCUGACAUAAAUGUCUUGCUAUUCACGAGUGUGUGUGUGUGUUUUUUUUAUUAAAGCCUGUAAACGAUGUCGAUGAUAAAUAUAUUAAGGCAAAUCACACAGAUUGAGCCAGCCCCGAUGAAAGUUCGAGACUUGUGUUAUGGGAUACUAACUCAACGAUACUAAGUAUAUUGUAUAUACAAAUACAUAUGUAUAGAUAAACAUCCAAGACCCGGGCCAAUCAGAAAAAGAUCAUUUUUCGUCAUGACCCGACCGGGGAUCGAACCCGGGACCUCUCGGUUCAGGGGCAAGCGCUUUACCACUGCACCACCGAGGUCGAGGUCGUCGAGGCGCGCGGGGCCCUUCUAAUAUCUAUGGUCAAAAAUGAAAAAUUAUACGGAGUUUUUAUGAUAAUUUAUUUAUUUUAUUCAUG